AUGAAGUUCACUGCAGCCAUCUACCUCCCCCUCCUCGCCACCCUCACCACCGCCAUCCCCACCACCAACACCACCCACUUCGAAGAAGUCGCCCUCAUCCCCGCCGACUUCUCCGCAGCAGCAGCACCGGCCGGCAUUCCGAACCACAAGUCGAAGCGCAACACGGGCUGGGCGGGCAUCUACUACUGCCGCAGCACCGACUGGCGGGCGCCGUGCGCGCACACGUGGCUCAAGGUCGGCCAGUGCAUGAACUUCGCCGGCGGCUGGGACAACAACGUGCAGUCGUUCGGGCCGGACCCGGGCCCGCACUACUGCGUGCUGCACAGCGAGCCCGACUGCGGCGGGGCGGAGCCCACGUUCCGCAUCAGGCACCCCGGCUCGCGCAACACCGAGGAGUUCGGGCAGAAGCAUAGGGCGAGCAGUGUGAGGUGCAGUUAUUGA